UUCGUAACGAGUCGUAAUCGGCAGUGAGGUGGUUAUCCCCAAAAUCGACCCACACCUUUUCAAAUUUCACGUUCCGUGGCGAACCCUAACUUUUCGUUUCCCUCCAAAAUCACUCAAAAGAUCUGAAAUUCCCCCAAAUCAAAAUCUAUAUGGUUUUGAUUCAUUCGUCUUUGCGUUAAUGGAUGCGGACAUAUGCCGAUGGAUAUCUGAAUUUUUGCUGCGAAACCCUGUGCAAGACCAUGUAAUCAAGAAGCUUCUCCAAGUCCUUCCGGUCUCAGCCGACUCGCGCUUCAAGAAGACUGUGCUCCUACGUACAAUCCAGGCAGAUAUUGCGGACGCUUCGUUGACCGAAACGACCCUCGAUAAGCUCGAAAUGAUCCAGCAGUUGGACCGGGAUGACGGGGUCGAGAUUCCGGGCUCGUUGAAGGUGGCCUAUUGCACAGUGGCGGUAGAGUGCGCGGUGAAGUACCUGGCGGGGAGCCACGACGGUCACAGUAAGUACUUCGAGGCGGUGAAGAGGGUUUUCAGGGACAGAAUCCGUGAUUUGGAGAGGUUUGGGAAGAGCGAGUUGGUUACGGGUGAGUUGAGAUGCAUGGGGGACGAGUUGGAGGCGGCAAUUUGGGACGAUAAGGGAGCGAAGAAGCUGAUGAAGAUGAAUACAAGGAAUGAAGCUUUGGAAGCGGUUAAAGUUUACUUGAAGGAGGCUUGGGCGCUCCUGGGUCCUCCGUUGCUUGAGUCCGCUGCGACUGCGACCGAGCCCUCGGGCAUCCAGAGGCCUAGUGGUAAUGCGGGUGGGGUGGGUGUGAAGAGUUUGAACCAAAUUAAUGGAAAACUGGCGGCGAAGAAUAAGCCUGAUUCUGUUCAGGAUGCGGGCGAAUCGGCUGGGAAGCAAGAAGAGGCGCUGAUUUUGCCUAAUGUGGGUGAGUUGGCUGCAAAGACGGUGAACCAAGUUGAAGAAGUGGCUACGGCUACGCCUACUGUGGGUGAUUUUGCCGCGAAGCUGGUGAACCGUGUUGAAGGAGAGAUGGUGGCAGGGAAUAUGCCUAAUGUCAGUGAUUUGGCGGUGAAUACGGCAAACCCGGCGGAGAAAGAGCUGGUGGUGAAUACACUUAACGCGGACCAGGUUGUGGGUGAAUCGGCUGCAAAGACAACAAAUCAAGUGAUGACGAACACACUAAACGUUGCUCAAUUGGCUGCGAACAGGGUGGAUCAGUAUGAAGAGCUGGCAGCGAAUUUGCAGGGCACUGGUCAGGAUUUGCGCGACAAUGGUAGGCCUGAGUUGUGCGAUAGAGAGACAAGAAGAUCGGUAGCCUUGCCAAGUGGAAGUUGGGAUACGAUUGUCAAGGAUAGAGCCGCUGCUGGGAGAGUGAACGAGACACGGCAAGGGAAUGUGCCACACAGACGCAAGCAUGUUGUGUGGCAUAAACGCUCAAAAGCAGGAGUUAAGAUUACCGAUGCCAAGGAACUGGACACAGACGUAACGUGUAGCAAAUACAAUUCUCUGCCUUCCCCUGAAGUAAAUAAAGUACGAGCAGCACUUCAAUCCAGUUCUUUGGAGUUACAAGCAGUGGUGAAGGACCCUCUUCCUGAUGCAUUACGGUUGGCUGAAAAUGUAAUGAAUGACAGGGUGACAAGAGAUAAAAAGCAUGAAACUUCUGUAGAAAACCAGAGUGCGAGAGGCAGAGAUGCACCCAAUCCAUCUGUUAACAAGAGCAUUGAAUCCACAGAAACUGAUGACCGUGCUCAUGAAAAUCAGUCGUGUAGUCAUCAGAACAAUGCUCCUCGACCAAGCUUAAUGGAGCGGAAUAGCACUGCUCAUACUUUUGAGUGGGAUGAUUCAAUAGAUGACUCACCUGAAGGAAUGACCAAUCAUGCAAGCAGACUUCGAUUACCUAGCCCUAAGAGAAAGAGCGUUUCACCUUUGAAGAAGUAUGAGACUGCAAAUUUUGCUAGAAGGAGAAAAGUAAAGAGAUGGACAUUGUUGGAGGAAGAAACUUUAAGGAUUGGUGUGCAGAAGUAUGGUAGAGGAAACUGGAAGCUCAUUCUGAAUUGCUACCGAGAUACUUUUGAAGAGAGGACGGAGGUUGAUCUAAAGGACAAGUGGAGAAACAUGACACGAUCCUGACACAUCAAUACAGUUUGCAACUUUUUACAUUUUGUCUAAAGUUGGUAUAUAAUCUAGCAGUCAGUUGUCUUUUGAUUCAUCCCAUAAUCCUGGGUUGUACAACAUCAGGUUUAAACCCCAUUCACCAUGUUAUUGGUUGCUUUUUGGUUAGCAGAAUAUAAGCUCUGUCGUCUCUUCAUCCAUUACCUGCUUAAUUUUCCUUAUUUAGCUAGGUUAUACAACACUAGGGAUGUAGUUGAAACUUUGAAGUAUGCAAUGCUAAGAUAUGUUAAAUAAUAUGUAUGUCUUGUUCAUAUGAAUGAAAAAUGUAUGUAGUUUGAUGUAAUUAUGUACUCGAAUGGAGUACUCAAAUGUAUUUUUUUGUAUGAAAAAGACGUAUUUGAAUCCUUUAUUUUGCUUUUUAACUUCUUACCAACGGCUCCAUGUUUUUAAUUUUAAUAUGUAAUUUUUUUGUUCAUUAUGUUUUGAAUUUGGUCAUAAUUAUUCUUCAACUCCAUUAAUUUUUCUUUUGUACCUUUAUUUCACAAUGAGGGGUAUCAAGUCAUGUUAACGGGUUAUAUUUGUGUUGUGUCAAUGUAUGUAUAUUAUAUCAUAUGGGUAAAUUUAAACCCAAUUCGUUAAGCUUAUUGUGUCAAAAUAUCAAGCUGUAACAUGAUCUAUUAACAUAACGAGUUGUGUCGUGUCAAUUCAUUUUAACUUGUAUAUGUAAAUGGAUGGAAUAGACUCGAAAUUAACUAGUUUGAUUUGAUUAAAUUUAAUAUAAUUCUAUAUAAAUGUUAAAAUUAUAAUAUCUAUAAAAAGUCACAAUGAGUUAUAACAUGUCAAAACAGAUUGACCUACUAUUGAUCCGUUAAACAAUCAUGUCUUAAUAGGUCAAUCUGUUUUAUCUCGAAAUCGUUAAGACUAAAUUCAAACAUGUUAUUGUCGUGUCGUUUUUGUAUUAAAUUAACAAGUUGUGUUACAAAUUAUUAUCUCUAUUUUACGUAUUUAUCUGGAGUACAUGGUCAAAGGGAUUGAUGGAGUACAUUUGCAAAGGUGUUAGGGUGAGGGAAGUUACUGUUAGAAUGAUUGGCGGGCGGGCUAUCCUCCAAAUCAAAUUGAGGAAAAGUUGUUUUUGGGUCCCCCAAUUACGGCCCAGUAGAAAUGUGGGGGAAAAAAACAAGGGUUUUACUAAUCCCCGAUAUUGGACUUUCAUGUUGAAAAAAAGGAGUUAUAUGUGAUCCUUGAUAUUUAUUGGAAAUAAAAUCCAAAUUGCCACUGACUGUUAGUGGAAAAAAACCAAAAAAGGAUUUUACGUGAGUAGAAUGCAUGCUAGAAAUAUCAACAUGUUGAAAAUUAUGCAUGCUAGAAGGUGACAUCAUCUUACAAUUAAGCAGGCUUGAUUUGCGGGGAUAGGGGGUCUCUGAGAAAUAAACCCUUGAAGAAAAGUAUGCCUUAUCUCUAUCUAUGCAUGACUAAGUUACUUGUACCGUUUUGAUUAUGCCUUAUCUCUAUCUAUGCAUGACUAAGUUACUUGUACCGUUUUUAUUGUUUACGGCAUUCGUGGAAGGCGGAAAGCUGCUCUAUAUAUACCCAACAGCCAUAGCCCAUGGUUCAUGUGUGUAUCCCCAGACCCAAAGAGAGAACUCAGAUAGAAAAAGUAGGUCCUUAAGAUGGCAGCUUUGAAGAUGGCAUGCACAGCAAUGCUGGUGUGCGUGAUGCUGGUGGUUGCUGCUCAUGUCGAUGCGACGUUAACAUGCGGUGAGAUAACAAACUUGCUGAGUCCAUGCAUCGGGUAUGCCAUUUUCGGAGGCACUGUGCCGACAAUUUGUUGUGAUGGCAUCAAAGCACUCAAUGCCGCUUCCAACGGCACUGCUGAUGACAGAGCCGCAUGCAGUUGCAUCAUGAAAGGUCUUUCAGGUAUCCCAGGAAUCAACUACGACUUGGUCGGGACACUUCCUGAGACCUGUGGCACUACUUGUCCCUACAAAAUUACACCCACUACUGACUGUUCCAAGGUGGACUGAGCCGCCUACUGGAUGUCUAUAUAUUAUUGCAUUUUCUAAUAAAAUAAGGAUGGAAAUAAAGACCCAGGAAGCUAGCGUGAGCGUCCAUGUGUUUUGAGCACAUCGAUGUGUUGUUGUAAACGCUAAAAGAAAUAUAAGGUCAUAUUGUAUAAGGAUUGCAGAAUACGGUUCAAUUUAUUGAACUUUUAACAUGCAAGGAAGAAAUUUAUAACCUCUUUUGCUCCUUGCUUAGAUAGUUUUUGCAAUAAACAUGCGCAUCUCAGAAAGAUCGAUUCACUGUCUCAA